UUUUAAGUUCUCGCACCAACUUCAACCCUUAGGGCGAACCUGUAGUUUCAGUUUUCACCUUAUCUUCUGUUCAGACAAGUUUCAGAACUGUGCCUAGAGUCAUCAAUAACCGUAUCGCUUGGAGUUUGGAGAAAACCAACUUGAAAAAUGUUAAAGUAAGUUCCUUCUAAUUACUUGUUUAGGUUGGCUACUAAUUUUUCGUAGAGUUAUCAAGUGAUUUAUUUUGAGUUUGGAUCCAGCCUCUUUUCGUAAAACUCCUGGAAAUCUGCAAAACUGAUAACACAUGUUAUGCGGGUGGCUUAGAUAUCUUUUUUACCUAAGACUGAGGAUGAGCUUUAUGUCUUUAGUAAUAUUCGUCAGUUAGAGCACAAGCCCGAUGAUCAUGACGAUUAAUCCUGAGUCGUUAACUGACGCACGUGUCCACUAUACGAAGCUGUGGUGAACCUGUUUUGUUGUCCAAGUUGUUACAUUUACAGCUUCUGGCAUUGAUAUUGCCUUACAACAUGCAAUGUUUAAUAAUGUUUGGUGGGGCCUUUUUGAACAUAAGAUCUUCGAUCUCAUCUCCAGCCUACAGAAAGAACUACGGAAAAGAACUCAGUUCAGUUUGCCAUAUACAAAUAUCCGCGUGUGGCAUCGAAAUCAAAAUAGUCGCUUGCGGUUGUUCAUUUGAGUUUUAAAAAGUAUGCACCAGUAUGCGUGAGACACGAAAGAGUUCAUGAGAAGGUAGUGGAGCUGCCUGUGGUUUCGAAGAAUGCUUGGCUGCUAACCAGUGUUUGUUAGGUCCUUGCAACUUCUUAACGCUUGCUGGUUCAUGUUGUUGAACAACGAUUUCAGUAGUGCUCAUAAGUGCUUUACUUGAAAAAUCAUCUAACACGUAUGUAAGGACCAUGAAGCCUUAUAAAGAAUGCCUGUAAUAUUCAGGAGCUAUUCCAGCUGAUCUUUGCCAAAGGUAGUAAGAAGUCUGGUGUCAGUACGGCAAUCUCUUGGAGCAUACUAAUCAACCGUCUUAGAUGCCUGAAACCCUGGUUCGGGCUCCUGGAAAAGCAGUUUAUUUGGCUUACCCCAUUAACGUUGAUGUUCCUGCCUUUCGUCCCGUGACCAGCUAAUACCGAACCACGACGAAGCACCGUCCAAGAAGGAGCUCCAGGUACCAAGCUGCAGAAGACACGCUACCCAGGCAGCUUACUUGUGGAUGUUUCUAGAGAUGGAGCAGACCAAUCUGGGUGCUAAUGAUCUUGUUUUACAAGGUAUGUCAAGUGAAGAGUAUUCUUUCACUGUGGGAUGACCUCAUCAUUGUAUCCAUAGUGAAAAACAUCUACGUAACAUAUCAGUCUGCUACAACUAGCACCUAAAGUAGUUGUUGCCAUCAUUCUUCUUGGGUGCUUCAGGAAACAUGAAAAGCUGAUCGCGAAGAGUAUGCUGGCAUGUGUUCAGAUCAUAGACGCCUUAAUCACUGUUCACUUACCUCCAGCUGUUUCAUCACUGUCGCGUGUAUCGCAGGCUAACAAUCUUUGUUUCUUUAUGUCUCAAACUCAUAAAUAACGCCUCAUUUAGCGAUGAUAUGCAACCGCUCCUCAUUGUUCUGAACUAGGCAAGACUACACAAUGAUGUGUGAUUUCACCACUCCUCUCUAGCUUUGCCAUUGAUGACAUUCUCAAGGCAGCUCUAAAGAAGUGUGCGUGGUGGUGGUGCAGAUCUGCUACGUGAAUUUGGAUCAUGAGUAUGCGGAUGUCGUUUUACUGUGCAAUGACAUACAGGUCAUAUCAGCCACACCUAAUCACUUAGCGAUCGUUUUCCAAAAGUGUGGGGCACGCUUUGUAUCGUCUAAUUGAAGAGUGCUUUUACAAAGAUAUCAAGAGCUUGUACCUGCGAUCUCACUUGUAUGAAAGCAUGGAGUCCGGCUGAGUGCAAAUUGAGUAGUUGAAAGAGUACCAGUGGUGUAACCAAUAGGAUUCCCAAUCUUAUAUUGGAGGUCACUUGCAUGCGCUGAGCGCACGCGGCUUUGGCACUUUCAUGGAGUUCGUGUGGCUAUAAGAAGUUGGAUGUACAGCGUGUGGCUUUGAGAUGUUCUGCCCCUCGUCUGUAAAACCUGAUCUCUGCCAGCUGGGGCUGUUUGAAGUGUUUACGCAUUCGAUCACCGUUGCCUUCGGAGGAUUGCUCGGAUGCAGUGGAAACUGUGUGAAUAAUUCUGAGGCAGGUUGUCGUGAUAGAGAUCAUUCACUAAGUGAAAUCACCUUGAAGCAAAGACCUCAGAUGCUUGGACAUUUAUUACUAAUGUUGAUCCAUUGACUCCCGUAUCGCUCAUUGUUUUCUGGUCCCGGAUGUUUGGGAACGGGGAGAGGUCUGCAUAUGACGUGGCACGUUAAGAUCUAAAAUAGUUGUGUUGGGAUAUUAUCUCACAGUACCCCACAGCUUCGUGGAUAGGCUUCAAGAGAUCAUGCAACUCUGUGGCUAAAAAUCAAGACCAGUGGUGAUCGCGCUGAAGCCAUCCUGUCUAUUCUAUUGCUGGAAAGUAAAGGCAAAGUUGUGAAUACUUCUAACCUGUUUUUCCUUCCGUCUGUAUCACUAUAACUGUGGGGUUAAGGAUGUAAAGAUGCAUACAAAUGCUCUUGGUGAUUGAGUUUUUUAGUCGUUCUUGCUAACCUUAUAUCUGACACUUGAACAGUAAAUUAGUUACUAACUUCCUGUUUCUAAAAGUCAGCUCACUUUAGCACUAUUUAUUAUCUCACAUAGUAGAGUACAAUUUUUAACUGUAGUGCAUAAAAAGGUUAUCGAAAACAAUUGUUCGCACAGAUAUCUCUUCCUAUUAAUUUCACUGGUUAUCUCCAAAAGUUGGUUUAAAGUUGUCUUACUUUUGACCGGUAUUCUGAAGAGUGCUAAGUGAGCUUUGUCUUGUCAGUAUACAAUAUUCAAUCUUUUGAAAAGAAGCAAAUAUGUCUUUACCAGUGAUUGGUUUUUAGUCAUAUCCCUUAAUGUUUCCGUUCAUUGAUUUUGAACAUCUUGGCUUACUUUUUUCAUUUGUAUGGUAGUCUAUAGUAACGUUUUGUGAUGUUUGACUUACAGAUAGUGCGAUUUACUGGCUUAUGUACUCUACCCAGAAACUGUUGUUCCUAGUUUAAGACUUCACGUACUUCAUUCGGUUAGUACCAUAAAACCUCGUACGUAAAGUAGGGAUCAUAGUAUAAUACAUGAAGCUCUGAUGGCGGUUUGAUGUUCUUUGAGGUUCGAUAUUUUGUCUUGAACGUUUCAUCACUAGGCUUAUUGACAUCCUCAGCUCUAGCUUCAUAAAGAAGUGAAGUAUUUUCGGAUAUUACACGGAUGUUUAGAUAGUAUUUUUAUUGACCCUGGAUGUUGUUUAAUCGUAAGUUGGGGAAGAAAUUUUCUUAUCAGACCAUGGCCUCUUCGACCUUAAAUUGCCUUCACUCACGUCAUUUGAUAUUCUUUGUUGGAGUGAAACUGUGCUGUUUGUUGUUUUCAUAUUGUGCAUCAUUAUUGAUUUGUCCGGUCAAUUCACUCUUGGUUGAUGGGUGAUUGUUUUCUUUCUAAGUAGAUUAUAGAUCGGGUCCCUAUCCACAUGUCUGUUGAUUGACAUUUGGUUUAAAUGCUAUGCUCUAGAGAUUCUCUUGCAGCUUCCGAACCCGCUCUUUGGAGGAUUUCUACAUUCUUCUAGUCGAAGUUGUGAUCUUGAUUGUCUAGAUACAUUGAAACCAAGAAGGUCGCGCAUGUCGCUUUACUGCAAGUUGGUGUUCAUGAAUUCUUUGAGCAAUUUGAUGGCUUGACUAGGCAACAUAGUGCUGUGAAUAAUUUUUGCAAUUGGUUUUGUAGAUUAUUUUUGCCGUCUUCUUUUAGCAAUGGAUCCUUUAGUUUGCACAACAUGCUGUGUGAUGAUUUCGUUGGCUUGUGUGCCACUCUGAUUCCGAAAGGACGAAGCAAUUGGUUGGCUAUUUCUGAGAUAUCUUUGAGAUUUGGUAUUUUAUCGUUUUCAGAGAACACCAAACCACCAUCUUCAUUCUGAGUCAUAUCACGAUUAUGGUUCGAGGUAUUAUCAAGUUGAAGUCAAUUACAACCAUUCAGAAGUUUCCUGGGUUUGUUUUUCGGUGAUAAUGCACAAGUAACAAAGGUUUCUUGAAUGCGUCUCAUAAGACUAUUCCUGAUCUCAACAUGCAAAAUUAGCAUUUUUCACUGAUUUAUUUGUCUACUUCAAAACUUAUUCCUUAUUGUUCUUCCCAUCUUGACAAUGCGGUUUGGGAUAUCUGUCAGAUUUGAUAUCAUACCGAGUUUACGUUUAAACCACUAAAGUUCGUUUAUCCUAUGUCUGAGGAUGUUUAAUAGAUUACUGUCGUGUAAGGUACUUGACAUCUUUAGGAAGUCGUUUAUUGACUUAGGAUAUCCAUUUUCAAUGUGAUCGGUAUCAUUUCCAAACCCUACGCUAUCUAUUGUGAGUGGAAAGCCAGUUUUUGCAGAUGUGGUUUAUCGUUUGUUAUCUGAGCUCGUGCUAAGUCGUUGAGUUUCACUGCCUUUUUGAAUAUACAUAGGCUCUAGAAAUUCUAAGCUAGUUUUCGUUUCAACUAGCACCCAUCAUAUUAUCCAAAAUGUGCUGCACAGUAGUUAUGACUCAAGUUUAUAGGUCACUACGCUACAUCCUCAUAUCUUAUAUAGGUCUUUCCUGGGGCUAAUUUUGUUACUAGCUAUGUUUUAGCACUCAUGGUAUACAUACAUUAUACGUGGAAAGAUUGACGUAGUUCAUGCUCAUGAUUCGUGGACUGUUGGUAGAUGUGUAAUAUGAAAGAAAAAUGCAAUCUCAGCAAGCAAAUGCACAAUUGUCAUGUAGACGAUCGAAUUGAAGAAAAAAUCGAAAUACAAUCAGCAACCUUGUGGGCAUUUUUGCAGUCGGCAAUGAGCCACACCUGUUGUGUGAGGGGUAAAUGUACUACGUGUCUGCCUGUACCUCUGUAGUUAAAAUUGGGGUUGGACCCGUGAUCCACUGGUUGAAACGCAACUGCCUAAGCCAAUAAUCUACAGCUCCCAGUAGACAACACGCCACACACAUCGUCUGCAAACUGAUCGUACUACCUCACUGUUUAUACAUUCAUAGGUCGGGCGAGGUUUAAACCUGUGACCUACUGGCUGGAAGUCAAAUAUCUAAACUAGUGAGCAUCAGUUCCUUAAAUUUCAAACUUUGUACUUCGAGAUUACUAGUAGAAUUGAUUUCCUCUCAGUAUUUUAUGAUUUUACUUUUAUUUUAUGUGCAUAAAUGCUUUACGUUUUUUUACAUUUGAGUACAAAAUUAUCUACUGUUAACAAAUUCGCUUUAUUUAGGUCAGCUUUAGCCUGUCAACCACUGCCACACUAUUCGGAUUUUGAUGCAACAUCGGAGAGUGGUCUUUCUGAUUUAUCAUAUGUUCAUCCGUACCGUCCAAAGAAAUGUCUUACGAAAAAUAAAACUGUAAAAAGUAAUCCAGGUGAAAUCAGACUUGGAGCCAGAGCAAUGAGAAGAUAUGAAAAUGAGGUAUAUUUGAAUACAUUAGCUGUGAUUACCGAAACCGAUGGGGAAAAUAUUGGUGACUGGCCUGACAGCUUAAAUUGUUGCUCAGCAUUUACUAAAUUGUUUGAGGAUGAAAAUAUUCGAGCUGUUUGGGAUAUGUUUAUUCAACUAUCUGAACGAGAACAAGAAAAUCUUCUAAAUACACUUUCCAUGCGUAAUCCAAACAAUGAUGAAGAUAUGAGUGAUUUCGAUGACCUUGAAAAUGAUAUUGUUUGUUCAUCUAUCCCUUCUGGUUCUUCUUUAAAACGUCAUGUAAAUCAUCGAUGUCGACGAGUUAAGCAUCGUUCUCGUGAAAAGAGGAUUAUAGGUCUUAUGAAUUCAUUGGAGGCUAAUUUUACCCUUUGUGCGUCUCCUAAUUCUGAAGAAAAUAGUUUCAAUCUAGGUGCAGAUACAUUUCUCAAAGAACAUGAUCUGGAGGUAGAACAGCGUCUUCCCACUCGUUUACUUUCAUUACUAUCAGAGUCUCCUGGUACAGAAUAUUCAAAAAACAAUCGGAAACGUGUUAAACGUGUUCUUACUCCUAUUGAUAUUUGUUUGUUAAAGAGAGUAGAGUUAGAGUUGAGGCAACAUUUUUUCCGAAGAAAUCAGGUUCCUGUAAAACGUUGGACUCCAUCUUCAUCUUUAGUGUCACAAUCGAUAGAAUCUUCAAGUAACUGUAACAAUGAUACCAAUAACAAAAAUCGCAGUUAUUCACAUUCUAAUUUACUAUGUCUUGAUUCAUUCCAAAGGCUGUUAGUUCAUUCUAUUGCCACCUACUUAGGAUUGAAUUCAUACAGUACUUGGUCUAAUUCACUGGGUGAACGUCAAUUAUGGGUAGAGCAAAUUCCUGAGAAGUGUCAACGCCAACCACCAAAACAGCAUUUCGUUACAUUAAUUCAACGGAAAAUGAUGCAGAAUCCAUUAUUAUUGUCGCCGAAUACAUCGUAGUCAGCUACUUUUGACUAGCGAAAACAGGAGUGGGGUUGACUUCAAAUAUUUUGUCAUUCGCUCCCUCUUUUUAUCUGUUCAUCACUUGACCACUGUUAGUAGUAAUCAUAACAACAAUAAAGUUCAUUAUUUUAAAUUUUUUAAUUAUCGAAGCUGUUCCACCAGCCUCAUUAUCAUAUCAGUAAGGUAGAUUUAGAUGUUUUCAAAUGUACAGUCUAUCUCACUGAGUUUAAGUUACUCCGUUUUCUUCUACACCUAUGUUUUCCUUGUUUAUUUUCCUUCAUGUAUACUUUGUUAGUAUAUAGACGUAAUACACUGCAAAUGUACUAGUUGUUAUGCCUAAAGCACAAGUAAAGUGAAGAUAAAUCUUAUAUCAUCACGCAAUAUUUUUUUCUUCAAUAGUGGCUAUCGAAUGAUUUACAAAUUGCACUUAUCUUUACCUAAAACAUUUAUUGAUGUUCACAACUAUUGAACAAACAAUGAAAACAUAUGGAAUAGUUAUUAAUUCGAUAUAGUUAGAAGCAUACCUUGAUUUAACUCUGUCAACUUUCAAUCAACACUAUAGAACUGCACAUCUGACUACCUCAUCGGUCAAGGGCUGUUCCUGAUAUAUGUUAAUUAAGCUUUUAAAGGUAUUUAUAAUCUUUUGACGACACACUUCCAAUGUCAUCUAUCUUGGCUACCUUGGUUUUAUUACCAAACAUUCGAAUAGUAACAGCAUUCCUCUAAAAACUCAAC